UAUUAUGUAUGAAAGCGUCAUCCUGUCAGUUCAGUGACUGGUUUGAAUAGCUCAUAUCUGCUACUCAUUGAUGCCAUGCGUGCUCACUGUCCUGAGAGAUGACAAAACACUACACCCUUUGGGAUUUUUUUUCCCCUCUGCUCUAAAGCAGCAUUUCACAUCUGUGUCUGACAGAAGCAUAAGGAGCUGAGAGAGGCAGACCUUCACCAUCCUUCACAGAAUAAUGUUGCAUGGAUUAAAAGUUAAGACCUGAUGUCUACUGAUCCUGCAUAUUUCCUACAAAAAUCUAAAAUGUGGAGGCUACCAAAAUAUGUAGGGAAAUAACUUUUCAGUGUUGGAAUAGCACCAGAAAACAGAUGGAAUUUACUGGAUUCUAAAUAUUUAAAUAUUCUUUUAAAUGGGUGCUGAAUACUUGAGUUAACUGGGGGCAGAAUAAACAAAAAUGCUGAAUGUGGAAGAAAUCAGAUAUUGGAGAUACCUGGAAAUAAACUGGAAACAACCAAUACCACAAGACCGAAGCAGCAGUGAACAACAAGACGCUGUGGAAAUCACAAGACGAGAGUGCACAAUGCAUUUCAAACAGGAAAAAAGCUUCCUAUCUGCUGAGUGAGUCUCAGUAUAUUCUGACAGAGCACAGACAAAGCUUCAAUCAAAUAUCUCCUAGCUAUCUCCAAAAGGAUGUUUUUGAAUACAGAAAGCAAUAUGCAACAAUGCUAAGAUCCUGAUGACAAUACACCAAGAACAAGAAUGGAAGUCAAUUUAUUCAGCAAUUCCACUGUUGUAAACAGUUCAUCAGUCAACCAUAAGCAGUUAGAGGGGCAUAGCCUCUGGGAAGUCAUUACUAUUGCCACGGUAACUGCAAUUGUAAGCUUAAUAACCAUAGUGGGAAAUAUUCUUGUAAUGAUAUCCUUUAAGGUUAACAGUCAGCUCAAAACUGUCAACAAUUAUUACUUGCUCAGCCUCGCCUGUGCAGAUCUCAUCAUUGGGAUAUUUUCUAUGAACCUUUAUACGUCCUAUAUACUCAUAGGCCAUUGGUCUCUUGGAAGCCUUGCCUGUGACCUGUGGCUAGCACUUGACUAUGUAGCUAGCAAUGCCUCAGUAAUGAACCUCCUAGUCAUCAGUUUUGACAGAUAUUUUUCCAUCACAAGGCCUUUAACUUACAGGGCCAAACGCACACCCAAAAGAGCUGGCAUCAUGAUUGGUCUGGCUUGGCUAAUUUCCUUCGUGUUGUGGGCACCUGUAAUCUUGUGCUGGCAGUAUUUUGUUGGUGAACGAACAGUACCACCUGAAGAGUGCCAGAUACAGUUUCUAGAUGAACCCAUUGUCACCUUUGGUACUGCAAUUGCUGCUUUUUACAUUCCAGUGUCUGUGAUGACCAUUCUGUAUUGCCGCAUCUAUAAAGAGACAGAGAAACGUACCAAGGACCUUGCUGAACUGCAGGGAUCAGAGUCUGUGGCAGAGUUUGAGACAAUAAAGCCUCAGAAAGCUCUCCUGAAGUCUUGCUUCAGUUGCAAGCAACAAAACUUAGUCAAAAGAGAGAGGUGUCAGGCUUCUUGGUCUUCAUCUAGUCGAAGUACGUCUGCCACGGUGAAAGCCUCUCAGGCAGCGAGUACUUGUAUCGACUGGGCUAAGGCUGACCAGUUAACCACCUGCAGCAGCUAUGCAUCAUCAGAAGAGGAGGAUAAACUUGCUACUGACUCAGUUUUCCAAGUAACUUAUGGAAGUCCAUCUAAGGCAGAAGAGUUUAAUGAGAGUACAGAUGUUGUCAUCAAAGACCAACCUGAAGAAAAUGAUUUUGAGAACCAGAAAUACUUUUUAUCACCUGCCAAAGACCACAUACAGAAAAGUAAAAAAUGUGUAGCCUAUAAAUUCCGAUUGGUGGUUAAGGCUGAUGGUACCCAGGAAGCCAACAAUGGUUGCCAAAAAGUAAAAAUAACUCCCUGUUCUGCUGCUCUGCCAAAGGAUCCUUCCAUCAAAAGCAUGGAUCCAAAUAUAAAUAACCAAAUCACCAAAAGGAAACGGAUGGUUCUUAUAAAGGAGCGCAAAGCAGCACAGACUUUAAGUGCCAUUCUUUUGGCUUUUAUCAUGACAUGGACUCCCUAUAAUAUCAUGGUUUUGAUCUCCACAUUUUGCCCUGAAUGCAUUCCAGUAACACUGUGGCACCUUGGAUAUUGGCUAUGCUAUGUGAACAGCACCGUUAACCCCAUGUGUUAUGCCCUCUGUAAUAAAACUUUCAGGAAGACUUUUAAGAUGCUGCUUUUCUGCCAGUGGAAAAAGAAAAAAGUGGAAGAGAAACUAUACUGGCAUGGCAAUACCAGACUGCCAUAACUGCUUUCAUAUAAGGAAUAAGGGAAAUAUAGAUAUUGAUGUAACCUAGCAAAUUGACUGUAAUUCUGUCUUUUCAAAGCUGUUGCAUUAUGUGUCUAGUGGUUAAAAAAAUCUGUUGAAAAAUUAAAUUUUGCAUGAAAAUAGUGUGUGCUUGGGAUAAAAAGUCAGUGGCUGCUAUGAGCGACACAGUUUGGUUUUGACUAUGUAGUAGAUCUGCAUAGUCAAAAGUUACUAUGUUUGGGGUCUUACGUCCUUUCUUUCAGCCUAAGAAUAUGAACUACUAGAAAUUAGACUGGGAUGGUCAUCCAAUCAUCAGGUCAGGUCAUCCAGUCUGUCUCCCUGUAAUUCCCUGUCUUCCUAUAAUUCCUUGCUAGUGUGUUGUCUAUUUAGUUUUCAAUGUAGCAAGCAACAGAGCUUGUACUGCUUCUCUUUUGAGACUUUUCCACCUGCUGUUAAAAUGAAACAAGGAAUGUGUAAAGGGAUAAAUGCUGUCAUGCCCAAUAAUAAAUGGUUAGGGAGAUUAAUAAUACUCAAAAUGAACACACAUAUUGCAGGAGAUUGUAAUACUGAUAAAAUUCGCACUUUGAGGAGGACUUUUGUGGAGACAUUGGAAGGGCUAAUAGUGAAGGGAAUAGAUAAUGUAUUUUGUAUAUGAAAAAGCCAGUCCCAAUCUUGGUCCCAAUCCAUCAUGCAAGUCACUGUCAUCUGCAAAAAUGGUGUUGAUUAGCAGAUAUCUCUAAAUUUCUCCAGUUCCCAGUACCUCUGGAGGAAAUUUUAAAAUUUUAUACAAUACUGACAAUGGUACAAAUCAGAACUGAUUGUAAAGCGUAAUGGAUACAUUCUAUCUACAACACAAGGAAAGCCUUUUUCCAAAUCACCUUUGUUGUGCUUCCCCUGAGCCCAAAAUUUUCCAUUACUGAUGGAAUGACACAAAACAAGAGAAAAAUAUAUAUUGGUGCACUGCACAUUUACUACCUAUAUAUAAACAGUGACAGAAUUGGCAUCCCUGGAAGAAGAUUUUUUUAAGUAAUUCUUGAAUAUUUCUAUAAAAAUAUUAAGGAGGCUUUGCAUUUUUUUGUCUUUGAAUAGCUUUAUAAAUACUAGUCAGCGUCAGGUGCUUGGAAACACACGUUACCUUCAGGCACUCUCUUUUGGUCCGGUAGAACCAUGUCUGCUACAGUACUGGGGGCUGGAGUCAACCCCUCAGGUGGCUUUAGCUUCUGGGACUGGGUUGUACUGGCCUAGUUACAAUGACCUGAGGCACUGGCCACUAGCUGAGGUUUGCUGGGGCUUUUGGCACAGGGGCCGAACUACCUGUGCCUGACUGAUGUCUGUGAUAGAUUGGCAGGAGUCCUGCAGCACUGACUGAGUGCAUAAGCAAGGGGCUGCCUUCAGCAGAAGGUCAUUGGAACAGAGGUACUGACCCCCCUCCUUCUGGCAGGAACAAAUAAGAAGCCUCAGAAAAGGCCAUGAGAAAACAAAAUUAAUGGCAACAGGAGUCAUGAGGAAUGAAGACGUAACGGAAACGAAUGUUUAUGAAUAAAUGAGUACUCAAAGUUCAAAUUCAGUUCUAGGCUUUCUAUUAAAACUCUGAGUGAGAUACUCUGGAAUAUUAGUUUGGGACAAUCUUCAUAUAAUAUCUACUAUACACGCUAGUGGGACAUUAUAGUGGUGACAUGACCCAGUUGCACAUUUCAGGGAUUGUAUUAGUCAUCAUGAAUGUACCAUUGCUUUCAGUGAAAUUGUUUGUAUAAUUUAUUAAAUUAUCAUACCAUCAAAAAGUUUCCCUAUAGAUAAAUAAAUCUACCAUUUCAACAACCACGGUAAAAGUAAUUAACGCUUCCUUUAUCCCCAAUCUUCACAGGGCAAAAUUGUAUCAGUGAAAGAUUGGCAGUGUAAUAAUGUAAAAGUAUGUUCUCUUAAGUUCACGAUAGAUUUUGUAAUGCACCAUACUGUGCCUAUUAUUUUUUGUGCAUUAGCAUAUGUUUACUUAUUAAAGGAAAGCAGAGGUUUUUAUAAAGACCUUUUCAUCAACCUUGCUCUGUCACUAUCCAGAGCUUUUCCUGUGUACAGUAACUAUGUGCAAAUUGCUUAUUAUAGUGGGUUUAUUUUAUAUUACAUUGGAUCAGACAUUCAGUAAACUAUGCUUGAUUUUAAGCAAAUGAAUGUGCCCCUCUGGGGCACAAGCUGUAGUUAAUGGCAAAAUUUAUGAGGUAGUAACAGUUCCUGCUAGCUGCACUGUUAUUGCUAAAAUGAAGCAUUGGCUUCUACUGAAAUUAAACAGGAUAUUUUUUGUUGGUUUCAGUUUCUGUUGAAGAAUGUUCUGUAAAUGUUCAUGGACUCUGUGCUCAGUAAAUGUAUUAGAAUACAUGGUGAUGGAUGCAACAAUGUUGGUUUAAUGUAAUUGUGAAAUAUGUGCUCAAAUUAUUCUGCUAGCACUUGUCAUGUGAGAGAUUACAUGGCCAAACAUGAGUACAUUGUAAAUACCAAGAAUUAUAUAAAGAGGUGUGUGUUGCUUUA